AGUGGCGACGCCGGCGGAGGGGGAGCGGAAGGUCAGGGCGCCGCGGAGCGGAAGUGGGAGCCGGAGCCUCGUCCGCCAUUGUGGGGAAGCGGAGCCCGGAGCAGGGGGGGGGGAAGCGGCGCUGCGUCCGGCUCCUUCCAGCGGGAACCCGAUCGGCGGCGGCGAGCCCAGGCGGUAGCGGCGGCGACAAUCAGGGCGGAGGAGGCGGCGAGCAGCGCGGCGUGCGGGCGAGCGGCCCCGGCGUGCGGAAUCACUCGAGGCCCAGGCGGAGCGGAGCGAGGGGAUCGCGGCUCCCCGUGAAGAAUGUCAGCCACCAGCGUCGACCAGAGACCUAAAGGACAGGGAAAUAAAGUUUCAGUACAAAACGGUUCGAUUCAUCAAAAGGAUGCAGUAAAUGAUGAUGAUUUUGAGCCAUAUCUAAGUAGUCAGACAAAUCAGAGUAACAGCUAUCCACCAAUGUCAGACCCAUAUAUGCCUAGUUAUUAUGCUCCAUCCAUUGGAUUCCCAUACUCUUUAGGCGAAGCAGCAUGGUCAACUGCAGGCGACCCUCCAAUGCCAUACUUGACAACUUAUGGACAGAUGAGUAAUGGUGAACACCAUUACAUACCUGAUGGUGUAUUUAGUCAACCUGGGGCAUUAGGAAAUACCCCUCCAUUUCUUGGGCAGCAUGGAUUUAAUUUUUUUCCUGGGAAUGCAGACUUCUCUACAUGGGGGACAAGUGGAUCUCAGGGACAAUCAACGCAAAGCUCUGCUUACAGCAGCAGCUAUGGCUAUCCGCCUAGUUCUCUUGGGAGAGCCAUAGCAGAUGGACAGGCUGGAUUUGGCAGUGAUACUCUGAGCAAGGUGCCUGGGAUUAGCAGCAUUGAGCAAGGCAUGACCGGACUGAAAAUUGGUGGAGAUAUGACGGCUGCUGUAACAAAAACUGUAGGUUCAGCUCUGAGCAGUACAGGUAUGACAAGCAUUGCAGCAAACAGCGUGCCCCCAGUUAGCAGUUCAGCGCCUAAACCAACCUCAUGGGCUGCCAUUGCAAGGAAGCCUGCUAAACCUCAACCGAAACUCAAGCCUAAAGGUAAUGUGGGCAUUGGGGGCCCUGCUGUGCCGCCACCACCUAUAAAACACAACAUGAAUAUUGGAACUUGGGAUGACAAAGGGUCAGUGGUAAAAGCACCCCCAGCCCAACCAGUACUGCCUCCUCAGACUAUAAUCCAGCAGCCUCAGCCAUUAAUUCAACCACCGCCACUGGUGCAAAGCCAACUGCCUCAACAGCAGCCUCAGCCACAGCAACCACAACAGCAACAAGGACCUCAGCAGCAGGCCCAGCCUCACCAGUUGCAGCAGCAACAGCUGCAAAACCGCUGGGUAGCUCCUCGUAAUAGGGGUGUAGGCUUCAGCCAGAACAAUGGAGCUGGUAGUGAGAACUUUGGUUUAGGUGUUGUAUCCGUCAGCUCCUCACCUUCUGGUGUGGAAGUGCACCCAGUGCUGGAGAAACUAAAGGCCAUAAACAACUACAAUCCCAAAGACUUCGAUUGGAAUCUGAAGAAUGGACGUGUGUUUAUAAUCAAAAGUUAUUCAGAGGACGAUAUUCACCGCUCCAUUAAGUACUCUAUCUGGUGUAGUACUGAACAUGGUAAUAAGCGCUUGGAUGCUGCUUACCGUUCCCUGAAUGGAAAAGGCCCACUCUAUUUACUCUUCAGUGUGAAUGGCAGUGGACACUUUUGUGGAGUGGCUGAGAUGAAGUCUGUUGUGGACUACAAUGCAUAUGCUGGUGUCUGGUCUCAGGAUAAGUGGAAGGGGAAGUUUGAUGUCAAAUGGAUCUUUGUCAAAGACGUUCCCAAUAACCAACUGCGGCAUAUUCGCUUGGAAAACAAUGACAACAAACCGGUUACCAAUUCGAGGGACACUCAAGAGGUACCCCUAGAAAAAGCCAAGCAAGUGCUUAAAAUAAUUGCUACUUUCAAGCAUACCACCUCAAUCUUUGAUGACUUUGCACAUUAUGAGAAGCGUCAAGAGGAGGAGGAAGCCAUGCGUAGGGAGAGAAAUAGAAACAAACAAUAACUAUAUGGAGAUGUCCUGCUAGAAUUACAACACUAAUGAUGUAGACUCUGGAAAUGCCUAAUAUGUCUAAGAAGACGUUAUUAAAGCUUUUUUCUGCUUAAGGUGACAUCUUUGAACACUUUAACACAAAAUUGACUCUUCUUGUAAUGGUUCUCAUCAGUGCAUCUGCCCUUAUACUCUCUCACCAAACACACUUGAGAACUGUACCUUCGUCAAGCACUUUCUGUCCUGAAGCUUUUACCAGUAUCUGCUGUCUUUUGUAUUUAUGCAUCCUAGCUAAGGCACAGGAGACCGAACGAAUGCAAGGAUUCAUUAACUCUUUGAAUUUGUUAAAUACUAACAUUUAACCAUUAGAAGUGGUUCAAUGAUGUGAGAUUCACAUUGCUUCAACUUAAUUUUUUUCUUUGUUGUAGUUUUUUUUAAUUGUCAGUUUUUAGCUAUUCAACAGAUUAAAUGCAAAUCAUGCCAUAUUUAGUCCUGGAGUAAAACUCAAGUCUAAAUGUUCAUGUGAAAAUUAUUGUAGUAAUCUUUUAAUAUGGCAAAGCAACUUUAAGCUGCAGUUUAGCCAAAUGAAACGUAACAUAAAAUUAUAUUAGAAUGACAUUUCCCUUGUUUCAAACUGUUUGGUGUAAGAGAAUAUUAAUAUGCAGCUUGGUGGACACCACCAGUUAAUGCACAUUUCUUUAUUUUUUUUUUCUGUAACAUGUAUACUGAAAAAAGUGCAUUUGUCUGAGGAACUUGUUUGUUUGCUACCACUCAAUGAAUCUCAGUUUUGAGUAAAUGUACCUCAGUCUAAAUCAGACUUUUUAUGACCUUUAUAACUACAUUUAAAAUAAUCUUUAAUUCCUAUUUCUGGGUGUUUGCAAGCCUGACAGAUUGCUAUCAUGAAAGUGAAAAUUUACUCCUCUAGGUGAUUCACUAGCUAAAUAAACAUAAUUCUUGUUUAGCAAGCAUAUACUCUGUUUCUCAAAUUUUUUUUUGUUUCAUUGUCCCAACAUUCAGGUGUUUCUUCCCCUAUUCAAAAAUGUUUUGAGAAAAAUGCUUUGAUCCAUGGAGGUGACAUAUUCAUAGCCAUGUUAACGUGAUUUUUGUUAGAACCAUGCAACAAGAAUUUUAGAAUAUGUAUUAAACUGAGUAAUUCUAUACUAGUUUUUAACUUCUAAAAAUUAUAUCUUUUGUUUCAGUUUAUAUAGCAACAACACAUUCUAUCUGCUGGAAGAGAAUAUUAAAAAAAAUGUUAAGCGGGUGUAUUGACUGUACAAAAUACUGAACAGCCUGUACCAAACUCCAGGGAUAGCUUUCUCUUUUUAGAACGGCAAUGUAGAAGUCAGAUAUGUUAUAGCUUAAAAUAGCAAUACCACAUAUUAUUUGAA